UACCCCUUUCCCCAUGAAAUAAACAAAUAAAUAGAUCCCCUAGCCAUUUCUAGGAGAGGUGAAAUUGGGGUUAGGAAAAAUCUUAACAGAAUGAGUUCAUUUUCCCAUCCCCUCAGCUCUCUCCAUCUUCACACAGCGAGUCGGAAACCGAGAUCUCCAGAAGUCAAUUUGCAAAGAAAACCUAGAUUUCUUUGCCUCCAUGGAUUCCGAACCAGCGGCGAAAUCCUCAAGAAGCAGCUCGGAAAAUGGCCGGCGUCCGUCCUCGAUCAACUCGAUCUCCAGUUUCUCGACGCUCCAUUUCUUGCACAAGGAAGUUCCGAUGUUGAAAGAUUCUUCGAUCCUCCCUAUUUCGAGUGGUUUCAAUUCAGUGCGGAUUUCACAGAACAUCGAAAUCUCGAGGAGUGUCUCUCAUUCAUCGAGGAUUACAUGCUUAAUCACGAACCAUUUGAUGGACUCCUCGGUUUCUCACAGGGGGCGACGUUAUCGGCCGCGCUACCGGGACUUCAAGCAUCGGGAGCUGGUUUGACAAAAGUCCCCAAGAUCAAGUUCGUGAUCAUCGUCAGCGGAGCAAAAUUCAACCAAUUUCUGCCUCGCGAAGCAUUCUCGACUUCCAUUGGAUGCCCAUCCCUCCAUUUUCUGGGUGAGCGAGACCCGAUGAAGCCACGUGGAGUGAAGCUUCUGGAAUCAUUUAUUGACCCGUUAGUAAUUUAUCAUUCUAAAGGCCACAUAGUACCUACGCUUGAUUGCCAAGCUGAUCGGUAGCUUCAUAUAUACAUAUUUUUCUUUUCAAGAUUUGAUGAUGCAAGAGUUUCACAUACGUUGUGUUCAUUUACCUAUCGUAGAUUAUGGCUUUUGUAAGUCUCUAUGCAACCGUUGAUUUGGAGUUGCAUCCUCUUCUUCUAUGCUUGGACCAUGACCAUUACUUGCUCCUGUAUUACCCAUGUUUUUAUGCUUCUCUCAGAUCCUACGUCGGUUGAAGAGGAGAACAAAACAUUCUUUAUAAGAAACUUUUCUCUAGUAGACGUGUUUUAAAAACCUUGAGGGGAAGCCCGAAAGGGAAAAUCCAAAGAGGAUAAUAUCUGCUAGCGUGAGCUUGGACCGUUAUAGCUUCUGUAUCAUAUACGUUGUGGAGGCUCUAUUAAUAAGAAAUUGACUGAACGUUCCCUGUAUCUUCU